CAGCAGACAUCGUCGCCGGCGGCUCGUCUAUAUUGCUGCAGCACAAACUCGUGCAUUGAAAAGCGACUAGUGACUUUAUCUCAGAGCGAUCUCUCCACGAGAUUCUUUUUUGUUCUGGUGACACGUUUGAUUGGACAGGCUUCGAUUCCGGUCCAGUACAAUUCUCGAGCAGGAUAAAGAGCUUCCAUCGUUCUGGUCUUGUCUGUCUUUCGUCGACGGACAGUCAUCGAGCUCGCUUACGGACUGAACACCGUUCCGGGAAGUGUUGAAGUUCUCCUGAGCAUCGCAGAAGGAUCUCAUCCAGUAUGUCGGUGAUCGGAUUCGAUUUCGGUAACGAGAACUGCUUCAUCGCGGUCGCUCGCGCCGGGGGGAUCGAGACGAUCGCUAACGAGUAUUCGCAGAGAGUUACCCCGUCCUACGUCGGCUUCGGAGAUAAGCAAAGAGAUCUAGGUGUUUCCGCCAAAAAUAAGCAGAACACCAACAUCAAAUCGACAAUUUAUGGAUUCAAACGCUACAUCGGGAGGAAAGUCAGCGAUCCUGUAAUGGAAAAUGAGAAGUCUGUCUUGCCUUAUGAAAUUGUGGAAUCGCGCGAUGGCGAGGUCGGUGUAUGCGUCAAGUACCGAAAGCAAGACAAGAAAUUCUGCAGUCGCCAGAUAACGGCUAUGCUGCUCACGAAAUUAAAGCAAAUCGCUGAAGCUGAUCUUCAUAUCAAGGUGGUCGAUUGCGUGAUCUCUGUUCCAUUCUUCUUCAACGACGCAGAAAGGAGAGCUCUGCUCGAUUCGGCUAAAAUCGCGGGUCUCAACUGUUUGAAGCUGAUGAACGAAACUACGGCCGUUGCGCUCAGCUACGGAUUCUACAAGCACGACCUCUCCGAGGAGAAACCACGGAUCGUUGCAUUCGUCGACCUAGGCCACAGCGCCCUCCAAGUUUCCGUGGUGGCUUUCACCAAGGAACGGUUGAAGAUGCUCGCUUGCGAAAGCGACGUGGUCGGCGGACGGGAUUUCGACCGGGUCCUCGUUGAAUACUUCUGCGACGAUUUCCAAGCGCGCUACAAGCUCGAUGUCCGAUCUAACAAGCGAGCAAUGAUUCGAUUGUAUUCUGAAUGCGAGAAGCUCAAGAAGCAGAUGUCUUCAAUUGCUCUCGAACUUCCGAUUAACAUCGAAUGCUUCAUGGAGGACAAGGACGUCUCUGGGAAAAUGAAGAGGGAUCAAUUCGAGUCGUUGGCGAGCGGGAUCCUCCAGCGCAUCGAGGACACGAUCCAGCGAGCCAUUGCUAAAUGCAGAUUGGAAGACGAUCGAAUCCUCACUUUGGAAGACGUGGAAUCCGUCGAGAUCGUGGGAGGAAGUUCCCGGGUCCCAGCGGUGAAGGCCAUCAUCAGGAAGAUUUUCGGCAAAGAGCCUUCGACCACUCUUAACGCUGACGAGGCUGUUUCCCGGGGAUGUGCGCUCCAGUGCGCGAUGUUGUCGCCCAACUUCAAAGUGAAGAACUUCUCCAUUACGGAUCUUCAGCCGUAUCCGAUUGCGGUGAGGGUCCUGCCCAAGCUCGACCCGAGUGAAGGAUCCGAGUACGACAUCUUCCCGCAGUAUCAUCAAGUUCCGUAUUCCAGGAUUAUCUCUGUUUUUCGACGAGAACCUUUCAUAGUCGAGGCAUUCUACCGUCAAGAAGUUCCUUUCGAAGAUAAGCAGAUCGCGAAGUUCCACGUCAAGGUCGAGCCCCGGAAUCCAGAAGCCUCUCCGGAAGACAAGGUCAAGGUUAAAAUCAGGGUCAACCUGAACGGAGUCUUCACGGUAGUUUCUGCGACCCUUUUCGAGAAAGGCGAUGAGUCCCCAGAGCCCAUGGAGGAGGUCAAGGACGCCCCGAUGAACGAGGGAGACUCGGCAGCCGUCAAUGGCGCUUCGGAUGCUGCUCCAGCUCCAGCCGAGCCCGAAAAGAAAAAAGCUCCGAGCGCGAAGCAGACCGAGUGCAAAAUCGAGAGCGUGACCAUCGACGCCGAUCUCGAGGGCCAAGGCUACGUGAUGAAAUACCUCGAAGAGGAGAAAGACAUGAUCGUUGCUGAUCGUACCGAGCAGGAACGUCUCGAUGCCAAGAACGCCGUUGAGGAAUACGUUUACGAAAUGAGGGACAAACUCGCCGAUGCCCUUCAGGACUACGCGUCCGAUUCGGAUAAAUCCGAGCUUUCUCAACAUCUGACCAGCACCGAGGAUUGGCUCUAUGGGGACGGGGAGGAUCUCGCAACUAGCGAGUACGUCAAGCGUCUCGAGAGUCUCCACGCUCUCGGUCAACCAAUCGUUGAAAGAUAUCGCGAGUUUCAGGAGCGACCCCGAGCGCUCGAGGAGAUGGGAGCCGCUCUUCAGAAAGCGCGCAAGGCUCUCGACAGCUUCGCCGCCGGAGAGGAGCAGUACGCUCAUAUAGCGAAGGAGGAUAUGGACCGCUUGGCACAGCAGCUCGACACGAAACAAGCCUUCUUCGAUGAGACCAUCGGCAAACUGAAUGCUCUCCCGAAGCACUUACCGCCUCCGGUAAUGAUUCACCAGAUCCGAGAAGCUACGGAAACGUUUGAGAGAGUCGCGAAUCAAAUCCUCUCGAAACCGAAACCGCAGCCGCCGCCACCAAGUCCUCCGAAGGAAGAAGCCAAAGAAGAACCCAUGGAAGAGGCGCCUAAGGAAGACGUUCCAGAGGAACCGAUGGAAACAGCUUAAAUAUUGUUUGCAUCACCACCUCAUGAAGUUUCGACAUUUUCACCGAGCGACUUCACAGUGCGCUAACUAGAACUCUCCGUUCCUGCCAAGCGACUUUCAAAAGUACCCAAUCACGACAUUCUGAGUUUCGUCGAUCCGGGUGUCGACGAGUUCCCCUCUCCCCUCUGGGGGAAUUCGUUAUCCGAAUGAGAACGCUACUCUACAUAAGACUCCCGGAAGACCGAUUAAAUACUGUUGUUUCAACUCGAUUUUGUACGAACUGAUUGAAGCAUUCCAGAUUCGCGAGGUCAAUUGAUGAUUUUACCCGAUUCGUAUGAUUAGCUGGAUUUCUCCCACACCGCGUAUCAGU